AAAUGAAAGGUCCAGAUUCUUCAGCUCUUGUUCAAUCGGACGGUUCCAAACCCGUCCUUGUUAACUCCACUUAUCGACAAACAACGGUAUCAAAAGCUCCACGUGUCCUCUAGAUAUGGCGUGUUAGCGUUAUUAACGCCCUGAUCCAACGGACCUAGCUCAUUCCCCUCUAAACUUCCAAAACCACUUCUUCUUCUCCCUUCUCCGCUCGCCGGAGACGCAGCAUCUCGCCGGCCGACAAUCACCGCCCUGCCCACCGAAUACACUUUUUCAUUGACCUGCCAUACAGACUCCAAGUUUAACUCUCUGAAGUGGCAUCGGAUUGCAAGUCGCCGAAAAUACCUUCGAGUCAACGGGUGUUCUUGUUCUGUUUCAUCCUCGCUGCCGAAUUCAGAAACGGAUUUGUGUGCUGAUUUUGAAAGUAUUAAUGCGUUCGGUGUAGUUCUCCAGAAGGAUAUCUCGAACUUAGAAUUCGUUCCCAGUCCGGUUUUCCCGAGCUUGAACUAUCGUCCGGAGAUAUUCGUCGAUUUAAAUUUUACUAGAAUUGCAUGAUUCAAUAGUUUGAGGCACUGGAAUUCUCGUUUCUGACUCCGAGAAUCACUCUCCGCUGUAGUGCUUAAAUUUUACGCUGAGUCGAUUGAUUCGAGUUUGGUUGAGUCGUUGAUGGCAGACUCGGAUAACGAUUCCGGAGGUGCUCAGAACGCGGCGAACAAUGCGCACGGCAGCGAACAAUCGCUGCGAGAGCAAGACCGGUUCCUACCAAUCGCGAAUGUGAGCAGAAUCAUGAAGAAGGCUCUUCCAGCUAAUGCGAAGAUCUCGAAGGACGCUAAGGAGACAGUACAAGAGUGCGUAUCGGAGUUCAUCAGCUUCAUCACCGGUGAGGCCUCCGACAAGUGCCAGAGAGAGAAGCGGAAGACCAUCAAUGGCGACGAUUUGCUGUGGGCUAUGACGACGUUGGGAUUUGAGGACUACGUGGAGCCGCUCAAGAUAUACCUCCAGAGAUUCAGGGAAAUGGAAGGCGAGAAGAGCGUGGCGGCGCGUGACAAAGACGGAGGUGUUGGAGGCGCGAACGCUGCCAAUAGUGGCUUCGAGGGCGUAGGAGGUGGAGGUGGAGGUGGUGGUGGUGUAGUGUAUGGUGGAGCAGGGAUGAUGAUGCAUCAGGGACACGUGUACGGGUCUGGAGGGUUUCAUCCAAUGGCUGUGAGUGGAGGAAGUGGUGGUCCUGUGAUGGGUAAGAGUGGGCCCAGUUAUCCCAGUGCCGGAUCUAAUGCAGGUAGGCCCAGAUAGGUAAAAUAUAGAUUAUGGUUUAAAUAGUUUUGUGUUGUGUUUGUAAUUUUAUAUAAAGACUUGGGGUAGUUUAUUGAUUGGUGCUUGUAUUGCUAUAAAGUAGAAGACACUAUUAAUUGAUUUUAUUUGAUAGUAUUGUAGGUAAUGUAUCAAAGGAAAUAUGUGACAGUUUUCUUAAAACCUAAUUGAUUAAUUUAAAAA